AUACUAAUACAUGAUGUGAGUCUCUAUUUAAACCUCUCAGGCGUGUUAGGCUACAGAAAUAGCACUGAUUUUCUGGGUAGCCUUCAUUCCCUAUUUUUUUUGCACAAUGAAUCCUUCAAUUGUUGGAGCCAUAUUUUUGGAAUACCAAUGGUGCUUUUCUAUUUCUUUGAGGAGUACUUUACUUCAUCAAAUCCACUAAUGUAUGUGUAUCUCUUUUCCUGUCUCUGUUUUGUUUUGGGAAGUAGUUUCGCCCAUACAUUUUGCUGCUAUGAUAAAUUUUCUCGUGAUGCUUAUUUCACGGUAGAUUAUGUUGGCCUUGCCAUCUUCACUUGUGGCUCUGAGUUGUUCUCGAAGUCGGGUGCAUUAAGCCUUUCCUUUUUAGACACAUACCUCAUCUUCUUGUGCCUUUGCUCUAUGGUUUCUAUUUUCCAAUCUAUGUGGACUCGGACACUGUCUCCAAGUUUAUUGCGCAGUGUUCUUCGAGUUAGUGCUUUUGCAGCACCGGGAGUAAUCAUGUCUUCUCCUAUUGUAUACAAGAUUUACACAUGCUACUGCGGCGCCAACGCCUAUCCGCCUCGCUACUGUGAUUCUGCUCAAUUUUUAACCUGCAUUAUAUCCAUAGUCUUUUACGUCUCACGUUUUCCUGAGUACCUCUAUCCGGGCAAAUUUGACUACUUCGGGCAUAGUCACAAUGCCUUUCAUAUCGGUGCACUGCUUGGUCUUCACUACCAAAAGCUCGCUCUUUCACUUGACCUGAAAUUCGUCAAGGCACAUCAGAUCAUCGAGACUUCAUUGAAAAUUCCUCUUUUUGGUUUUUCACUGCUUUUCUUAUCCAUUUUCCUAUCAUGCAUGUAUUUCCGUCACCUUUUUACCGUCAAACCUUUCAAAUCCAAACUUUUGUAA